GCGGGAACGGAUGACGGCGCGAGGCCGUGCUCCGGACAGCCUCCCGAGGGAGGCCAGCCCUGCGCACUCCCGCCGCCGCGAGCCGGGCGCCAGCCCCGUUGGGGCCGUGAGGCUGGAGGGGCGGACCGGGACUGAGUGCACAGCUUUCCAGGGCGAGGUCUCGGAACGCCUCCGGUUCUUGCCCGGUAGUCCUCUGCCGCCCCCACGUCCCUGCCGCCGGAGUGAGGACAGACGGCGGGCGGAAGCGCUCUGUGUCGCGCGGUGGUCGCAGCCGUGCCCCUCUUCGCUGUCGCGCUGAGGGACACCCGACGUCCCGGGAGCACACCACGGAGCGUGAGCUGCCUCGUUUGCACAGAGAGGACGUGAAGGGUGCAGAGGGCAGGUGACCGCCGGCGAGGAGGGAGCCAGGAUCCGCAUGCGGCACCGGCUGACGACUCUCACGUAGUCCCCGCUACCUCUGCUUGAGGUCAGUGUCCGGAACCAUCCGCGCAGUUGAAAACGUGACCCUCAGAGGGUAAACGACCUCGGGGUCGAGACCCCAACUCCCCCCCCGCCAGCAGGUUUCUGUUUCCCGAACUCCGACGGAAGAAACUUGGCUCAGAGUGGGCAGGGGCUCCUUGAAAACUAGUUUGUCACGAAGCAAAGUGGGUCCCUUGAUGGUUACUUUUGGUCCAGCGUCCGUAAGCCAUGGGGACCCCUCGUUGUAACAGGUAAUGCUUCCCUUCCGGGCGAGGCCGCUUUUCCCAGGUGUUGACAGUGGACGGUGGCUUUGAUAGAGGAGGUGCGCACGGCCUGCAACCCCGGAGCGGAGCCGCCCCGCUGUAGGGUGGUAAAGCCCUUUGCCUAAUGAGGAGCCGGGAAGAGGAGAAGGUGAUGGGCGUUGAACUCCUUAAAGCCACGCCCCUGGAUUCAGUGACUUUCACGGAUGUGGCCAUAGACUUCUCCCAAGAUGAAUGGGAACGGCUGAAUCUUGCCCAAAGGGCUUUAUACAAGAAAGUGAUGCUAGAGAACUACAGGAACCUGCUUUCAUUGGGUCUUUGCCUUUCUAAACCAGACGUAAUCUCCUUACUGGAGGAAGGUAGAGAGCCGUGGAUGAUGGAAGGGGAGAUGACAAGAGGCCUCUGCUCAGACUUGGAGUAUGUUUGGAUGACCAAGGAAUUAUCACCAAACCAGGGCAUUUAUGAAGAAAAAUUAUCCCAGGCAAUGAUAAUGGAAAGACUUCCAAGCUAUGACCUUAAAUGUCCCACAUUAGGGGUAAACUGGAAAUGUGAAGACCUAUUUAAGAGGGAGCUGGUAAGUCAGAAGACACACUUCAGUCAGGAGACAGUCAUUCAUACAGAUGCCCUUAUUGAGAGAAGAGACCAAUUUAACAAAUCUGGGACAGUUUUUCAUCUGAAGAGAUCAUCUUAUCUAAAGCAGGUAUUUCCCAUCAAAGAGAGAAUAUAUAAUUUUGAGACCGAUAAUAAAAGUUUAAAAACACAUUCGUUUGUGAAAAAACACAAGCAAGUCUACAGAGAAAAGAAACUUCUGAAAUGUAAUGACUGUGAGAAAACUUUCAGCAAAAUCUCAACCCUCACUCUUCAUCAAAGAAUUCAUACCGGAGAGAAACCCUAUGAAUGUACUGAAUGUGGGAAAGCCUUCAGCCAGAGUGCUCACCUCGCCCAACAUCAGAGAAUACAUACAGGAGAAAAACCCUUUGAAUGUACUGAAUGUGGGAAAGCCUUCAGUCAGAACGCUCAUCUUAUUCAACAUCAGAGAGUUCAUACUGGAGAGAAACCAUAUCAGUGUAAGCAGUGUAAUAAGGCCUUCAGCCAGCUUGCGCACCUUGCUCAACAUCAGAGAGUUCACACUGGAGAGAGACCCUAUGAAUGUAUUGAAUGUGGGAAGGCCUUUAGUGAUUGUUCAUCCCUAUCUCAUCAUCGAAGGAUUCACACUGGAAAAAGACCAUAUGAAUGUGUUGACUGUGGGAAGGCUUUCAGGCAGAAUGCUUCUCUUAUACGUCAUCGGCGGUAUUACCAUACUGGAGAGAAACCGUUCGAUUGCAUUGAUUGUGGGAAGGCUUUCACUGAUCACAUAGGCCUUAUUCAGCAUAAGAGAAUUCAUACUGGAGAGAGACCUUACAAAUGUCAUGUGUGUGGGAAGGCUUUUAGCCAUGGCUCGUCCCUGACCGUACAUCAGAGAAUUCAUACCGGAGAGAAACCUUAUGAGUGUAAUAUCUGUGAGAAGGCCUUUAGCCAUCGUGGCUCACUUACUCUUCAUCAGAGAGUUCAUACUGGGGAGAAACCCUACGAAUGUAAAGAAUGUGGGAAGGCUUUUCGGCAGAGUACACACCUUGCUCAUCAUCAGAGAAUUCAUACUGGAGAGAAACCUUAUGCAUGUAAGGAAUGCAGCAAAACUUUCAGCCAGAAUGCGCACCUUGCACAACAUCAGAAAAUACACACUGGAGAGAAACCUUAUGAAUGUAAGGAAUGUGGUAAGGCUUUCAGUCAGAUUGCACACCUUGUUCAACACCAGAGAGUUCACACUGGUGAGAAGCCUUAUGAAUGUAUUGAAUGUGGGAAGGCCUUUAGUGAUGGCUCCUAUCUUGUUCAACAUCAGAGACUCCACACUGGGAAAAGACCAUAUGUAUGUCUUGAUUGUGGAAAGGCAUUCCGACAGAGGGCGUCCCUGAUUUGUCACCAGAGGUGUCAUACAGGCGAGAAACCUUAUGACUGUAAUGUUUGUGGGAAAGCCUUUAGCCAUCGUAAAUCUCUUACUCUACAUCAAAGAAUUCAUACAGGAGAAAAACCUUAUGAGUGUAAGGAAUGUAGCAAAUCCUUCAGCCAGAUUGCCCAUCUUACACUUCAUAAGAGAAUUCAUACUGGAGAAAGGCCCUAUGAAUGUAAAGAAUGUGGGAAAGCCUUCAGGCAGAGUGUACAUCUUGUGCAUCAUCAGCGAAUUCAUGCUGGAGAGUCGUCCUCAAUUAUUCCCUCCUCCUCACCCCCAUACCACCAAGUCCUCCGGUGCGGCUGGGAGCUCCAGGAAAUGAGAGGGCGCGAUCGGGUCUCGGCUGCGUUCCGCUCCGCCCGGCCGGAGGCCCGAACGGAGGCGGCGGCGCGCGGGCCUCUGGGUAGUGUAGUCCGUCCGACAGCGCAGGCGCAGUGCGGCCGGGCGGGCCCCGCGGGCGCGGGUCAUUGUCCUGGCAGAGCCGCGCGGGUGAGUCCGGCAGCGGACGGGGCGGGGCCGGGCGGGGCCGGGCGGGGCGGGGCGGAAGGAGAGGGGGGCGGGGUCUCCCACCCGGGUGUCCCCGCGCGGACCGACCCUCGCCCGGCGGAGGGGGCGUGCGGGCCCAGUCCGCCCACUCCUGUCACCCUGGGCACUGGAGGGAUGGCCACCCAGCUGCUGACUGACGAGGCCCUGGAAUCAGUGACGUUCAGGGAUGUGACAGUGGACUUCACCCAGGAGGAGUGGCAGCAGCUGGAGCCUGCCCAGAAGGACCUAUACAGAGAUGUGAUGCUGGAGAACUACAGGAACCUGGUCUCUCUGGACUUGGAGACUAGACCUGAAAUGAAGGAGUCGGGGCCACAGGAGGACAGUGCGGAAGACAGACCGCCCGCUGGGGUGGUCGCGGAGGGACCCCCGAGACAUGGUGCUCACGGUCUGGCCUCUGACGGAGCAUGGACGCAGGGCGAGCGGGUGGAGAGGCAGCUGGGAAGCACGGGGGCCCGUCCGCAGCGGCCGGAGCUUUCCCAGGGGCUGCCCCCCGCGGGCCGGGAGUUUCAGGUCUUCACCCUGCAGAGCUCCGGGCCGGUCCCGCCACGGUCGGAGGGCCCGAGGGAAGAGGGGACCUGGGCACUGGCCGCACAUGGGAAGACCUUCUCCAGGGACCCGGCCGUCAGCCCGCCGACCCGACCGGACGUGGACAGGAGGUCCUACGGCUGCAGCGCGUGCGGCAAGGCCUUCAGCCGGAGCUCGUCGCUGAUGAAGCACCAGCGCAUCCACACGGGCGAGAAGCCCUUCGAGUGUGACGCGUGUGGGAAGCAUUUCAUCGAGCGCUCGUCCCUCACCAUCCACCAGCGCGUGCAUACCGGGGAGAAGCCGUUCGCGUGCGGCGACUGCGGCAAGGCCUUCAGCCAGCGCAUGAACCUCGUCGUGCACCAGCGCACACACACGGGCGAGAAGCCCUACGUGUGCGCCGCGUGUGGGAAGGCCUUCCGCAAGACGUCCUCGCUGGCGCAGCACGAGCGCGUGCACACCGGGGAGAGGCCGUAUGCGUGCGGCGACUGCGGCAAGGCCUUCAGCCAGAACAUGCACCUCCUCGUGCACCAGCGCACGCACACGGGCGAGAAGCCCUACGUGUGCGACGCAUGCGGCCGCGCCUUCAGCCAGAACAUGCACCUGACCGAGCACCGGCGCACGCACACGGGCGAGCGGCCGUACGCGUGCAAGGAGUGUGGCAAGGCCUUCAACAAGAGCUCGUCCCUCACGCUGCACCGGCGCCGCCACACGGGCGAGCGGCCGUACGCGUGCGGCGAGUGUGGCAAGGCCUUCAGCCAGAGCUCCUACCUGAUCCAGCACCAGCGCUUCCACAUCGGCGUGAAGCCCUUCGAGUGCAGCGCGUGCGGCAAGGCCUUCAGCAAGAACUCGGCGCUCACGCAGCACCGGCGCGUGCAUACCGGCGAGAAGCCCUACGCCUGCGCCGUCUGCAGCAAGCACUUCACGGGCCGCUCGUCGCUGCUCGUGCACCAGAUGGGCCACACGGGCGAGAAGCCGUUCGCGUGCGGCGAGUGCGGCAAGGCCUUCAGCCAGAGCGCCUACCUCAUCGAGCACCAGCGCAUCCACACCGGCGAGAAGCCGUACCGGUGCGGCCAGUGCGGCAAGGCCUUCAUCAAGAACUCCUCGCUCACGGUGCACCAGCGCAUCCACACGGGCGAGAAGCCGUACCGGUGCGGCGAGUGCGGCAAGGCCUUCAGCCGCAACACCAACCUCACGCGCCACCUGAGGAUUCACACCUAGGGGGCGGCCUGGGGGGACACCUUGUCCCGGGGCUUCCCUUCAGGGGCCUCCAAGUCCACUGCAGGGCGGGUGGGAUCCAUCAGACCCGCUGGCAGUGCGACAAGUCCUACAGGUCGCCCACCGCUGGCACCCUGGCUGAGAGGAGUCCCACCCCACCCGGGCCUUGCGACUGGGGCCUCGUGGACGGCUCCCUCCCCACUGGGCACCUGCAUGCCCACAGCAGGAAGGGAGUCCCUCUGGGUCUGACGCACUGGGGGCCAUGGUCAGGGCCGUUGCUAUGGCUGGAAACUCCCAGGAGCUCCAGGAACCCGGCAUCAGGGUUCCAGGCCGUAGGAAUGACAUAUAAGGGCCGGGACGAGGCAUUUGGUGUCUCUGGGAGACACUCAGUAGGAAAGCAGGAGGGGCGGGGGGAAAUGGACUCGAUAAGUGAAUGUGGGGACAUUUCUGGACCCUAGAUCUGGUCCAGGUGUCAGGUUGUCAUCCUCCAUGAAGUCCCUCCUGGGGUGGAAGCCAGAGGGCCCCUCCCUCCACCCGUCCCUGAGCCACCAUGCUAGAGAUGCUGGCAAGCUGUCAGUGGGCGGAAAAGGUGGUUUUCAGAGUCCGCGAAUAACAGUAAGUAAGCACUUUGGAUGCCAAAGUUUCUCAGUCUGUUAAAUUUUUUUUAAAUAAAACUUUUAAUUAAGA